ACAAACACCGAAAUUGCCUCUACCGACCAAUUGAACGGUUCUAGUCUUUCUUCAAAUGCAGUUCCCACGACCGACAUGAGGCAGCCUACAGUCCUGGUUAUCCACACCAACCCAGACUCAUCAGUUGUGUUACGCAACACGUAUCGCCCUAAUCCCAUCCUGUCCGUUGGGCGAGAGGUGAAUCUUUUUUUUGGAAAUCUACAUCGCUUCAUGCCAGACUCGUCGACAGCAAGACGUUGA